UUAUUAUUUGCUAAAUGAUCCCUUACUUUAUUAGUUACCUUAGUAAAAGUGAGAUUUAUCCUAGUAAUUCCUACUAACAGUUCAAGUGUUCUUCUUCUUGAGGUAGACCUUUCUCCUGAGUUCUUCCUUCUUGAGAGAGACCCAUGUAGAGGUCCACCACCGCCAGCCAAUCCACCUCACUUAUUGCAGUUUCAUUCACAACCGUGUGCCAACUGCGUCUUCUUCUCUGAUCUCGCCGAAUUCAGCUUCCUCGAACCGCCAUGCCUCGAUUCCCUCGCCCUCCUCCGUCGGAGCAAGAUCUCCACCGCCGCUUAAGCCGGUGAAGUGCCUUUGCAGCAGAUCUACCGAGGAGAAGCAGUAGAGUGAAGAAGCCGAGACCGCAGCAGCGUCUGACUCCGAUGAAGCUACGGCGAGUGAUGCUAAUGGUCAGGUUCCAACCUCAACCUCCUCCUCUGUUCCCGCAAGUGAAUGUGUUGAGUCUCAGAGAAUUGCCACCACUUCUUAUGACGAUUCUCUCUCUCGGGAUUCGGGAAUUGGUUUAUGAAGUUCGUUCCUCUAAUCUUCUUAGCUCUUUUUUUUCUUCUUUUAAUUUUAUCUUAAUUCUGAAACCCUAUGACCAAAUUGGCAUGCAGCUUCUCCAGUUUUAACAAUCGUUUUGUUUUAACAGGUUUGGCGGUUUUAAAAUACAGUUUUUUCCUUUUUUUCUUGGCUUAAUUGCAACUUUGGUCCCUGACAUUUACAAAAGCCACGAUUUUGGUCCCUCACCUAAUUUAAUUACAAAAAUCGUCCCUCACCUAACACUUCGUGAACAACGUUGGUCCAACCGUCAAUUUUUUAACGGAAGAAGCUUACGUGGCGUCUGAAAGCUUAUGUGGAAGUGCCACUGGCGUCAGAAUCGAUUUUUCCUCUCCUCUCGGCUGUUUUUUUUAUCUCAUAGUGAAGCUUUGCUGUUGGGAGGCCUAGUUGUUGGAACGCUGGGAUUGAGGUUGUGUCCUAUUCCUCUGAGUUUUUUUGUUGUUUUUUCCUCUGAGAUGUAGAGGCAUGUGCCUCCCUCUCUCCAGUGGCACUUCCACCUAAGUUUUCAAACACCACAUAAGCUUCUUCCGUUAAAAAAUUGACGGUGGGAUCAACUUUGUUCACAGAGUGUUAGGUGAGGGAUGAUUUUUGUAAUUAAAUUAGGUGAGGGACCAAAAUCGUGGCUUUUAUAAAUGUCAGGGACCAAAAAUGCAAUUAAGCCUUUUUUCUUCUUCUUGUUUCUAGGUUUCUGCUAAAUCAAUUCGAGAGCCCUAGAGUUAGCAUAAAAAACGCGCCGACAGAGGGUAAACGACGUCGUAGCGCCAAGGAGGAGACGACAGCGAAGGACGAAGAAUGAUGUUAUUUGGGUUCCUCCGGUGCCGCCGUCCUCGGAAGUUCAGCAAUCUGGCCUGAAGAUGAGUGGAAGUGUGAGAGGUUGAUGAUGAGUCCGUUGCAAUCUUCAAUGAUGGAAUGGCUAUCACUAAGGAAGAGGAACAACAAAACCAAUUCAAUGGCCACAAAGAUCUCCCUCGUAAGAGUCUCCUUCAGAGUGAUGCACUCUAUCAGUAUAUACUUGAAACAAGUGUCCAUCCCAGAGAGCAUGCCAGCUUGAAGGAGCUGCGUGAGAUGACAGAAAAACACCCUGGGAACAUGAUGGCUACGCCACCUGACGAAGGACAACUAUUAAGGAUGUUAAUAAAGCUCAUCAACGCCAAGAACACAAUGGAAAUCGGUGUCUACACUGGCUACUCUCUGCUCUCCACUGCCCUCGCUCUUCCCGAAGAUGGAAAGAUCUUGGCUUUGGAUAUGAACCGCGAAUACUAUGAUUUGGGAUUACCCAUAAUUGAGAAAGCUGGAGUGGCUCACAAGAUUGACUUUAGAGAAGGACCCGCCCUUCCUCUUCUUGACAAACUACUUAGGGAUGAAAAUAAUAAAGGAACAUUCGAUUUCAUUUUUGUGGACGCUGAUAAGGAUAACUACUUGAAAUACCACAAGAGGGUGAUUGAGCUUGUGAAGGUUGGGGGGUUGAUCGGGUACGACAACACCCUAUGGAAUGGAUCUGUGGCGGCCCCACCUGAUGCGCCUCUUAAGGAUUACAUCAAGCAUUAUCGCGAUUAUGUGCUUGAGCUCAACAAGUAUCUGGCUCUUGAUUCUAGGAUUGAGAUUUGCCAGCUCUCUGUGGGUGAUGGGAUUACCUUGUGUCGCCGCAUCAUGUAAUCACUCCUUUUGCAUCAUUUGGAUUAUGAUGAUGAGCUUCUUACAAAACUAUAUGGAGAGUAAGAUGUACAAAAGAAAUUAAGAUACAAAAUGCUUUGCAUAUGAAUAUAAA